AGAGCCUUCCUGAUGUAUAUAUGCAGGUAGUGAGAAUUGAAUCGGCCUUUUGAGACAGUAAUAUAAUAAAACUCUGAUUUGGGGAGCAGCUGUUCUCCUUAUUUUUCUACUCUCCUGUGGGAAUGAGUUGCCAAUCUUUUACUUCGGCUGAUACCUUUAUACCUCUGAAUUCUGACGCCUCUGCAACUCUGCCUCUGAUAAUGCAUCACAGCGCUGCCGAGUGCCUACCAGUCUCCAACCAUGCCACCAAUGUGAUGCCUACAGUCCCAUCUAUUUUGUCUUUGAUCCAAACUCCUGAAUGUUUGUGCACACAUUUCUCGGUGACAACGUUGGGAAACACAGCAACGGGACUUCAUUAUUCUGUUCCUUCCUGUCAUUAUGGAAACCAACCGUCAACCUAUGGAGUGAUGGCAGGUAGUCUAACCCCUUGUCUCUAUAAAUUUCCCGAUCACACCUUGAGUCAUGGAUUUCCUCCUAUACACCAGCCUCUCCUGGCAGAGGACCCCACAGCUGCUGAUUUCAAGCAGGAACUCAGGCGGAAAAGUAAAUUGGUGGACGAGCCAAUAGACAUGGAUUCUCCAGAGAUCAGAGAACUUGAAAAGUUUGCCAAUGAAUUUAAAGUGAGAAGAAUUAAGUUAGGAUAUACCCAAACAAAUGUUGGGGAGGCCCUGGCAGCUGUGCACGGCUCUGAAUUCAGUCAAACAACUAUCUGCCGAUUUGAAAAUCUGCAGCUCAGCUUUAAAAAUGCAUGCAAACUGAAAGCAAUAUUAUCCAAAUGGCUGGAGGAAGCUGAGCAAGUGGGAGCUUUGUACAAUGAAAAGGUGGGAGCAAAUGAAAGGAAAAGAAAACGAAGAACAACUAUAAGUAUUGCUGCUAAAGAUGCUCUGGAGAGACACUUUGGAGAACAAAAUAAACCUUCUUCUCAAGAGAUCAUGCGGAUGGCUGAAGAACUGAAUCUGGAGAAAGAAGUAGUAAGAGUUUGGUUUUGCAACCGGAGGCAGAGAGAAAAACGGGUGAAAACAAGUCUGAAUCAGAGCUUAUUUUCUAUUUCUAAGGAGCAUCUUGAGUGCAGAUAAGAUUUUCUAUUGUGUAAUAGUCUUUUCCUGUUUUACUUCUUUCUCAUUCUCAACGAAAACAGAAAUUAAUUACUUGGUUGACUUAAAAUCAUUUUACAACAAUAGCUUUUACAGAAGCUUUACUUUUCCACUUUUUUAAAAAAGAAAUCAGCUAUUUAAAUUAUUUUGAUGGUAUUUACUUAAAUAAUUAUUCUCGGAAGCUACAUUAUACACUUUAAGCAAAAUAUAUUAACAGGAAUAAAACGAUCUCUCUCUCUCUCUCUCUCACACACACACACACAUGGAUAUAUCAGUGUAUGUAUGGGUUUAUAGGUUCCUUUUCCAAACUUAUUAGCUUUUUAAUAUUUAAGUCCAUAAUGAACAUUUAAAGCACAUUGCAAGAAAUAUCCAAUGUUCUGCUUACUGCCAACUCUACUAGUUUGUCUGAACUAGAAGUUUUGAACUUAGAGCUGGAGGUGUCAUA